AUGGAAAGUGCCAGAUGGAUCACUUUGGAAAGGUUCAUCAGUCUACUUGACAAUGUGCUGCCACACCUGGUGCCAGCCUGGGAUUACAGCCUGGGAAUGUUUAGCCAGAUCAAAAGCAUAAAGCAGUUCUUGCUGCUGUCCAAACGGCGCUCCGCCCUCAUCAUUCAGUGCCUGAAGGACUCAGAGACCAGCAAGCCUAACUUCAUGCCUCGCCUCUACAUCAACAGACGUCUGGCCAUGGAGCACAGAGACAACCCGUCUCUGGACCCAAGCUGCAAGAACGCCGUGUUCAGUCAGGUGUAUCAAGGUCUCAAGCCAUCCGACAAACAUGAAAAGACUUUAGAUUACAGAUGGCCAGCUCGCUAUGACCAGUGGUGGGAAUGCAAGUUCAUUGCUGAGGGAAUCAUCGACCAAGGAGGAGGAUUUCGGGACAGCCUGGCAGACAUGUCGGAGGAGCUUUGCCCCAGCUCAGCUGAGUGUCCCAUGCCUUUGCCGUUCUUCACUCGGACAUCCAACCAGGGAGACUUUGAGGCCAGAGAUUACUACGUACCUAACCCGUCCUGUAAAGACUUCCAAAUAUAUGAGUGGAUCGGUCAGCUGAUGGGUGCUGCUCUCAGGGGAAAAGACUUCUUGGUGUUGGCUCUGCCUGGCCUGGUCUGGAAGCAGCUAACAGGGGAGGCAGUCAGCUGGAGCAAAGACUUCCCAGCAGUGGACUCGGUGCUGGUAAACUUGCUGGAAGCCAUGGAGAACAUGGACAAAGAGACGUUCGAGUUCAGGUUCGGGGAGGAGCUGGUCUACACGACCCAGCUGACUGAUGGUCAGAUGAUGGACCUCAUCCCAGGUGGCAGCAACGUGCCAGUUCGAUACGAGGACCGCAGCGAGUUCAUCCGCCUGGUGCAGAAGGCUCGGCUGGAGGAGAGCAAGCAGCAGAUCGCAGCCAUGCAGGCAGGGCUGCUGAAGGUGGUUCCUCAGGCCGUACUGGACCUCCUUACAUGGCAGGAGGUGGAAAAGAAAGUGUGUGGAGACCCGGAGAUUACUGUGGAAGCCCUAAAACGGCUCACACGCUACGAAGACCUGGAACAAAGUGAUGUCAGAGUGCAGUACUUAUGGGAGGCGCUGACAAACUUCACCAACGAGGAUCGUAGCAGGUUUCUGAGGUUUGUAACGGGUAGAAGUCGUCUCCCUGCACCAAUCUAUGUCUUCCCUGACAAACAAGGGUCUGACACAACUGACGCACUUCCACAGUCGUCCACAUGUUCCAGCACCCUGUAUCUACCCAACUAUCCAAGUGCCAAGGUUUGUGAGGAAAAGCUGCGUUACGCUGCGUACAACUGUGUGGCCAUCGACACCGACAUGAGCCCCUGGGAAGAGUGAUCUCUCUGCUGCCUCACUGAAUGCUGCUCACUACAGUCCCUUCUAAAACAAAAACAUGUAUAUCACCAUGUUUAUAAUCACAUCUUUACAACUGCCGGUUAACAAUAGCUGUAUAUAAUAAAGAACUUAUAAGGAAACAUGAA